AGAGAGGAGCCGGGUACAUCGCUGCAUCCUUCGGCUUCGGGCUAAACUGCGCCGCCUCUAAAUUCCAGGCGCUGCGGAGGCCCCGAGAGCUUAAGAAAAAAAGCUUUUCUCUGCUUUUCCUGCAGAGAAAACGCAGGUGUCGGGCUGAGCACGGAGCUCCUGGGUACUGCCAGCCGAGGUGCUGAAGCCAGUGUGGGGUCCACUUAACACACAGCUAAUGCAAGUUCCACCAAAACGUGUCGAGUCAAGGGGUAGAUUUUUUUUUUUUUUCUUAAGGAAAAUGCCCGCCGGUCCGCUUAUGUGCAAGGCUAACAAGCCCGCAGGGCGCUGUGCCCUGUGGCACUCGGACUGAGAAGGCGCGUUGUGAAUCACGAGGCUUUUUGCCCAUAGGUGCCACUAAGGCGCGCUUUGGAGUCGGGAACGGAGGAGCCACAGGUGCAGCCCGACCCUCCCCGUACUCAAGUAAGGAUGCCUUAAGACAAGAACUAUGGAUAAAUAUAUCAAAGUAAGGAAGAUUGGAGAAGGAUCCUUUGGGAAAGCAAUACUUGUCAAAGCUAAAGAAAAUGGCCAACAGUAUGUCAUUAAAGAAAUAAACAUCUCUAAGAUGUCAAAUAAGGAGAGAGAAGAAUCAAGGAGAGAAGUUGCUGUUUUGGCUAACAUGAAACACCCAAAUAUUGUCCUGUAUAGGGAAUCAUUUGAAGAAAAUGGCUGUCUGUACAUAGUGAUGGAUUACUGUGAAGGAGGAGAUCUAUUUAAAAAGAUAAAUGCCCAGAAAGGAAUCCUGUUCUCUGAAGAUCAGAUUCUGGAUUGGUUUGUACAAAUCUGUUUAGCACUAAAACACAUACAUGAUAGAAAAAUCUUGCAUCGGGACAUAAAGUCACAGAAUAUAUUUUUAACCAAAGAUGGAACAAUACAGCUGGGAGAUUUUGGAAUCGCCAGAGUUCUGAACAGUACUGCAGAGCUGGCACGCACUUGCAUAGGAACACCGUACUAUUUGUCGCCCGAAAUAUGUCAGAACAAGCCUUACAACAAUAAAAGUGAUAUCUGGGCCCUUGGUUGUGUUCUCUAUGAAAUGUGUACACUUAAACAUGCGUUUGAAGCCGGUAACAUGAAGAACUUGGUCCUGAAGAUAAUCUCUGGACCUUUUCCUCCUGUUUCUAUGCAUUACUCCUACGACCUACGUAAUCUGCUGUCACAGCUAUUUAAAAGGAAUCCUAGGAAUAGACCAUCAGUAAACUCCAUAUUGGAGAAAAACUUUAUAGCCAAACGGGUUGAAAAAUUUCUCACACCAGAGCUUAUUGCAGAAGAAUUCAGUCACAAAAUUUUCCACAAGUUUGGACUACAUGCUUCACCAGCUCAAAGACCAGUUCAAGAACCAACACUGACUUCAGUUGCACCAGCUCAGAAAAUUACCAAACCUGCUGCAAAAUAUGGAGUGCCUUUAACUAUCAGGAAGUCUUGUGGUGCACCUAAAAAGCCUAAUGAGAAGAAGCCAUUGACUAAAAUUAGACAGGCAUUUCCAUCCCCAUUGACGAAAAUUACUCCAGUAGAAAAAAGGAGGAAAACGUUUGAGGAACCUUCAAAAAAGAAAAGGUUAGAAUUGCCUGAAAAAGAAAAACGCCAGAGAGAGCAGAUCAGUUUACCGAAGGCAGAUGAAAUGAGAAGACUGGAAAAAGAAAGGAUGGAACGAAUAAACAGAGCCAGGGAACAAGGAUGGAGGAAUGUGCUUGGUUCAGGUGGAAGUGGUGUUAAGGCACCAUAUUAUGUCGGUGGAGGUGGUGUUGGUCCUUUUCCUGUGUCUUCCAGAGGACGCUAUGAGCACUAUCAUGCUAUUUUUGACCAGAUGCAACAGCAAAAGGAAAAUGUCUUCAGAAUAGCUGAAGAGAGGGAAGCCAAAUUGAGGGCAAAACUACAAGACCGAGGAGUUGUUGAAAGAGGAAUUCCACCUGGAACACGUCCAGGAGUUCCUAAGGGACCUGCAGGUCAUCACCAUUUACCCGAUGUUGGUGCAGUUAGGAAAAAAGUGAAAAGAUUGAAGGAGGUGUCUAAACAAGCCAAUGCAAACAGGCAAAAAGGAUGGAUAGCUGGAGAUAGAGCAAAGCAAGUUGAAGAAUUCUGGCAACGAAAGAGAGAAGCCAUGGAAAACAAAGCUCGAGCUCAGGGACACAUGGGUACACUGCAAAACCUGGCAGAUACCUAUGGAGGCAGGUCCAUUUCUGCAAGAGGAAGGAAAUCCAGAAACAAGGAGGAAGAGGAAUAUUUGGCAAGAUUGAGACAGAUCCGGCUACAAAACUUUAAUGAACGUCAACAGAUUAGAGCAAAACUUCGUGGAGAUAAGACUUUUACUUUGCAGAAUGAAUCUGCCAGUUCUGAUGGACAGGACUCUAGUGAGGAAGCAGAACUGAAACGGAAGAAGAUAGAAACGCAGAAGGCCCAAGCAAAUGCUCGUGCAGCAGUUCUGAAGGAACAGUUGGAGCGAAAGAGAAAGGAAGCGUAUGAAAGAGAGAAAAGAGCCUGGGAAGAGCAUCUGAUUGCAAAAGGGGUAAAGAAUCCUAAUGUGCCUUUUCAUGUGGAAGCUACAGAGCAUAAUCCUAUGAAUGGACUACAAGAGUCUGGGGCAGCUCUUCCUAAGCCACAGCUUCCAGUGAAGCCUGGUGUACCUGUCAUCUCCAUGACUUCUGCUUUGAAGGAAGUGGGUGUGGACGAACAUGCAAUACCUGCUGUCCAGGAGUCUGAGGAGGAAUUAAAAAAGCCAGAUUUUGCAUUACAAAGUAAGCGAGAAAUUCUGAGAAGAUUAAAUCAAAAUCUUAAAGCUCAAGAAGAUGAGAAAGGAAAAAAGGAGGGUAAAAAUACCUCUGAAUCAGCUGGAUCUGAAGAUUGUAAGGAACAACAAGGUGAUCAGCCACUUCUGGGAGAUCGCAAAAAAUGGGAAUCUGGGGCAUCUGAGUUGGUUGUUCCUCUAGCUCAGCUGUCGAUGGAAGAUUCUUUCUCUGGAGCAGAGUGUCAAACUCUGGGAGAAGUAAUUAAGUUAGAUGUUGGUGAACCUCACAGGAAAGUCUGGGGCAAAAGCCCAACAGAUUCAGUUCUGAGGAUCCUAGGAGAAGCAGAGCUGCAGCUGCAAACUGACAUCCUUGAGGAACAAGAUGAGAUAAAUGGUACUGCAGAACUUCUUGAAGGAGAUCAUCAGUCAUCAUCAGAGGAGAAGGAAGAGAAGGCUUUUUCUCCUGUUGGAGCUCAGUCUGCAGUACCAGUUGGUGUUACAAAGUCUGUCAUGACUGUACCAGAAGAAUCUCAAAGAACUGGACCCACUCUGGUGCAGAGCAAAGCUAUUAUGCUGGAUGAGCCUGAUGAUUUGGAAGCAGAGGUGCUGGAAGAAAUGGAAGAUAAAAUGCACCUGAGUAAGGAGAAUAAGGAGUUUCCUAGCACUGUUAAUGAAGUGUGGGUAAAAGAGAAAGAGGAUGAGGCACAACGUGACGGAAUGAAUGAGGCAUCUUCAGAGAAAGAAGCACUCAACAAGGUGCAACCACAAAAGGAAGCUCCAGCAGAAACUUGUUCCAGUGACUCUCAGCGAGCUGAACCCUUAUUCCAGAGGGUAAUACAGCCCACAGCUGUACCAACAGCCUCACCAGUUCUGUCAGCUCAGUCUUCACAGGAAGAGUCUUUUGUACCUCGUUCACGUUCCAUAUCACCAGCAAGAAAUAAAGGCAAAAGUUCAUUGUUGAUUGGACUUUCUACAGGACUUUUUGAUGCAAACGACCCAAAGAUGUUGAGAACAUGUUCACUCCCAGAUCUUUACAAACUGUACAGAACUUUAGUUGAUGUUCCCAGUGUAGCAGAUGUGCAGCAUCAAAAUAAUCUUGAAACAGAUGAUACAGAAGAUGAGCAAGCCAAAGAAGGACCCUCUGACUCUGAGGACACUAUGUUUGGAGAGACAGAUACAGAUUUGCAGGAGCUCCGGGAUUCAAUGGAACAGUUGCUUAGGGAGCAGCCUAGUGAGGAACUGAGUGAAGAAGAGGAGUCUACUUUAAAGGCUAAUGCCAUGGAAUGCAUAACAAAUGGUACUGAGCUCGAUGAAGGAGAUGAAAAUAACCCCAGCAGUGAAAGUGCUCUUAAUGAAGAAUGGCAGUCAGAUAAUAGUGAUGGAGAGAUUGCCAGUGAGUGUGAAGAAUGUGAUAGUAUCUUCAGCCAUUUAGAAGAGUUGAGAUAUAACCUGGAGCAGGAAAUAGGCUUUGAUAAAUUAAUUGAAGUUUAUGAGAAAAUAAAGGCUAUACUUGAAGAUGAAGAUGAAAAUAUUGAUGUUUGUUCAACUGUAGUUCAGAGUGCUCUUGGAAAUGAACACAAACACCUGUAUGCCAAAAUACUUCAUCUGGUAAUGGCAGACGGAGCCUACCAAGAAGAGCCGCUAGGUAAUGAUGAAUGAACCUGACUCAGGAAAUUCCUUAGUGCUUACUACACACCGGUGUCCGAAGUCCGCACAGCUGAACAACAAAUUGUAGUGGAGAAUGUAACAUGGGGCAGGAGAGGCAAGACUUCAAAAAAGAAUGUUGAUUGUAUGAAAAAGAGAAAAAACAUGUCUUUUAAAUGGAGAUACCUUUAGAGUUCUCUUGUGUGGAUUUGCAUAUGUGUUCCUUAAAUAUUAGGUGCCCAAAAUGUUAAAAAACCUGCGCCAACGAAACAACAACAACAAAAAAAUCAACAAAACCCAAAAACCUCAACAAACCAAACCAAAAACCCCCAAACCUGUAACCUCUCAAAUUUCAAAAGUAACAGACAAAGAAAUACCUGUAUAUAUUCUGAUGCAAAACUGAGACCUAUAAUUAAAACAGAACUUCUGCCAUAUGAACAAAUAGCUGGUAUGGUUGAACAGUUGAAAGCAUUACUGUGUUGUGGAAGUACUCACAUCUAGCUGUUCACUUACAGACUUCAAGUAGCUUUUCUUUACACCUACACAAAGAAAUUGCUUUGUUUUUAUUGACCCUCGUGGUUUUUUAAUAGUAUCUUAAUCUAGUGGUCCAGUUCAAGCAUUUCACUUUUAUUGUAUUUUGAAGCUGAAGGCUUCUGUCACAUCUGAAAUAUUUUGAUGGUGUUUCUUAAUUAGGGCAAACUGGUACAUAAGUCAUCAUUGAAAUGUCUGAGGGGGUUUGGAAUUGUAAAAUCCAUUUGGACCUAGAAUACUCUUUAUUUAAAAUUUUUUUCUUCUUAUUUUGCUUCUUCCCCUUUCCUAUCCCCUUCCCAAAAAUCCCAGUUCUUUACCUCUCUUGAAUUUUGUAAUCUGGUCCAUGAUGAUGUACUACACUGUUGAACUGAAAAGGGGAGGUUUGCAGUUUGCCUUUGAAGUCUGCAUGUUCUAGUCAUUGCUCCAACAGCCACAGGGGAAAAUGAAACAUUGCAGCCACAAGUGCUGUGUAAUACUUCACAUCUUCUGGCUCCUGUAUUGUACAGCUUGGUUUCCACUGCACUACAAGCAAAACCGGGUUUCUUCUGACACACAUUUCCUUGUUCCUUGUGUCGAAGCAGUACUAUACAGGGCAGACAUUAGGGAUUCUGUUGUUUUCCAGUCAUCAUCUCUGCAUCUUUACUGGUUUAUUUGUUACAGUAAGUCUCUUGUUAUGAAUUUGAUGAACUGUCGAACUUCCAAGUGCCCUGUUGAAGAAAAAUAGGUUUGGUUUCUUUUUUUUUCAGCUACAGCCAGUCUCAAUCUAAAACUGUCAAAACUUGCUUUUCCACAAAGUAAAAACCAGUAUAUAUAUAUAUUUAUUAUUUAAACUGUCAGAAUAUGUACAUGUUUUUUGUACAAUUGCUUUAUGGUGUCAUUAUUAAAAUUUUGCCCACUGAAAAGGGUUAAAUUUUUUUAGACAGAUACCAAACUUAUUCUAGUUCAGCAGUAUCGUGGGAAUCUGCGGUGAGAAUAAAAUUAUUAAUAAUAAGAAUAAAAAAUUGCCUUCAAUAGAUUAUUCUUUAUAUCCUUAUUUCUUUGAUAAACUCCUCUGACUUCAUCUAAUGAGAAACUAUGAUCAAUUCUUGGAAAUAGUGUUGGUUCUGGGCUAUGUUGCUUCUCUCAUUCCAUUUCCUUCUUUACUUCCUUUUUCUUAACUUCCCAGAGUAAAAUUUUUACGAGAUUUCUCAUCCAUUCCACUUUCCACUGCUGAAUAAUCUAUUCAGAGAUGAUCCUUAUGAGCUA